CUACUAUUGGGGGUAAUGGAGUGUGAUUCUCCAUAAUGUGACCAGAGUCAUUGUGACAGAUAACAAGGUCUCUUUACCAGAGGCUUCCUCUCCAUCCCCCUCUUAACUGUUGCUGUUCUUGUCCUACCCUCUUGUAAUGAGUAGACAGACUGCAGAUGUGCACUAUGUCUUGCACAAAUUCACAUCCCAAUCCUGUGAUGACAAAUGAAAGGUUAUAUCAUUCACCAGCCCAUACUCAUCUUUUAACUUGGAAAACAAGGCUGUAUUUAUUUCCCAAAAUGGUCUGUAAGAAAGAAAGAUUACAAGGGAAGGUAAGGUGAUCAUAAAUUAAACUAGCCCUUAAAAAAUCCUUCUGCUGCCCUUGCUCCUUACUCCUGAAGGAAGAUUCAAGGGCACAGCUGUGUGUGUAUGUGUGUGUCAGGCGGCGAAAGACGUGAAGGGAAAGUGAAAACUAAAAAGGGAGGGGGCUUACUCACUCCACCAUGAGGGGUGGCAUUUGGGAGUUGGAAGUAACCAGUUAGCAUCCACAACUGGGUCACGUGACAAGCACAGUAUGCAGUGUGUGAAGCAAUGAGGGAGAGAGAGAGCAAGAGAGAGAAGUGCACACCGAGUACAGCAUCAGUUUGUGUUUGAGAUACAGAGGGACCUCCCACAGAUAAAGAGCAUACUUGUGCAACUGAGUAAAAGGAAUUAUAAUGCAAAGAAAAAAAACGUUGGAAAGGGAAAAGUGAAGAUAAAUUUUUUUAAGCUCCUGAGACCCAGUAGAAAUUGCUAAGGAGAGAAACUAGAGGACUAGAGGAAAAGGGAGACAGAAUGUCGUCUCUCUCAGAUCAGAAGACUGGCUCUCCCUUCACAGAGUAUAGUGAGCUCUGUAAGGGGGCGUCCCUGUCAUCAACAGGAUCGGCUCAGAGUUGGGAUUGGCAGCGUCACUCAGACUUGGGCGUGGACACACCAAGAGCCUUGGGAGUAGGUUGUGGAACCCUAACACCUACUGGCCUUAGCGGCGAAGAAAAGCUGCGCUUCUUUGAGCAGACGGAAAGGGCCAAUACGGACGUUGAAGUGAAGGCACCAGGCGGGGUUGGAACCAUGCCUGGAACCACCUCCUUGGGUAAUGCUUCAUUGGGCAGUGCUGGAGAGAGCCCAGAGAGCCCCCAGUCCUUUUCCCCAUUCCCAUCCCCAGCUUCACCCGGCAAUCUAUCCGGUACACCUGCCCUGCAAUGCGGUGUCAAUAGUCAGGUCUCUUUGCCACCAGUUCCUCAAUCCCCAGCCGGUCACAUGGAAAUACUGACACCCACCACGUCCAUGCCUCCACUCUCAUUGGGAGUCCCCUCAAUUGAGGAAUCUACUCGAGGUGGAUACUCUUCGUCUGAAUCAUGGAACAACUCCAAUUUUGCUGAAUCCAGCCCAAAGGUUGCCAUGCCCCAGGUGCCUCCUAACUAUUGUACCAUAGGCAUUAGCGGUGACGACGACUUACAGAAAACCAAUGAGGAUGUGGUUGGAGCCAGAGAGACCCUCGAAGAGCAACUGUUAUCUGUGGGUUCUUCAGAGGAAAGUAGCGAGGAGGAAGACAUUGAAGAAGGUGAGGAGGAAUUAGAGCCUUGUUUCAUGGGUAGAGCACAGCAGCAGAGGAUGGCGAUGCGGCGUGCAAUGUCUGACUGUUCCCACCUGUCAGUGCCCACCAGCCUAGAGCUUUCUGAUAGAUAUCCUGGUGGUGAACUGGCAGGAUUGGACCAGCUCGUGUCACCAGUGAGUGGGUCACGACGGUCCCAGCAUUACAUGCAGCGCUCGUUGACCGUUGCAGAAGAUCAGCACCCUGCUACCCAACCUACACUCUCGGCAGCCGGGACCACACACAUCGACCUGAGGCAAACCCCCGCUGAGCCUCGCCUGUGUCUCUCCCCAUUCCUACCACAGAGAGACAACAAUAUGACCCUCCCUAUCUCCCUUGUAGAACCUUUGGAAGGGUUUAGGUUAGAAAAAAAUCAAGGCAACGUAGUUCUUCCAGUGCCCACCACCCCCAAAGGUGUCAGUGGCAUGAACUUCACUUCUGCCUUCUCAGUUGGCUCAAACAGUUUUGGUAAACUAGCUACAGAUAAAGAGUUGGACUUUACUGAACCCAAUACUAAGCUUAUUUCUGAUUCAAAAGUCAGCUUUGAAGUGGGCAACAAACCAGCUGUGGAACCUGGUGUUGAUCUUGUCGUUAGUUCCUUUAACAAGCUUGGCCUGAACUGUAUUAACCCCUUCAUCAAACUGGAAGACAAUGCUGCCAAGGGUGACAAAAAAGAGGAGAAGCUAGAGGACAAGCCCAAGGUAGACCUUAUGGAUUCAGCUGAGCAGAAGAGUGUAAAGGUUGGAUUUGCAAUCAGUGAGACAGCAGCCAAGGUGGAGAAGGAUGUAGGAACAGAAAAACAAAAUCAAACAAAUAUCAAUGUUUGGAAAGAGCCCGAAAAUGUUCACAAAAAGGAGAAAGAGGCAGAAAUGGUCACAGAGGGAGAAGAGCUUAAUGCGAAAGAGAAACCCACUGUGAAAGUUACAGAGCAAAAAGACUCUGAAAAGGUCCCUAAUGAGAAAGAGGCAGUGAAAGUUAAAGAGGAGUCCAAAAGAGUGAAAGAGAAACUAGCAGAGAAGGCUGAAGAAAAAACGAAAGAAAAAGAGCCAGAGAAAGUGGAAUUAGUCCAGCAGAAAAUAGAAAAAGUGGAUGAAACAAACAAACCUGAUGAACCUGCAGACAAAUUGGUAAAGACAGAGACAUUUGACAAGGCAGAAAAAGCAGAGAAGGUGGCCAUGACAGAAAAAGUCGAGAAAAAAGCAGAGGAUGUAAAAGAGAUUGAGGCAAGUGUCGAAAACAAAAUCACUGAAAAGACAGAGUUGAAGGACAGCAACGAGCAACACAUCGAAUUCAAAGUGGAAAAGACCCCCGAGCAGCUGCCGACACCUGUCAAGCUUGACGCCACUCUUGACAAGGCGGAAAAGAAGGCUGACAUCGCAGCUGAUGUGGAAGAAGCCACAAAACCUUCGGUUCAUACACACAAAGCUGAGAAAGCGCAGAAAGUAGAUGAACUGGAGAAACCUUUAGAGAAGCCAGCGGAGACAGCAAAGCAAAUAAGUGGAAAGGAAGAGAAGCCGGAGAAAAUACAGAGUGACAAAAAGCUGGUGGAGAAAAAGGAUGACAAGAAGGAAAAGGCUGUGAAAGCAGAUGGAGGAGAGACGGCCAGAAAAGCUAAACCUUCCACCAAUGGGAGCAGCCCAGCACCAAGCAAAGACUUGACGAGUGCAGACAAGAAGACUAAGCAUGCUGCCGGGGCAACAAAACCGAGCACCAUCUCGAAAACACGGCUGGUCACAGCCGCCACAGGUAGUGGUUCUGCUGCAGCACCUACUAAGCGCCCCACACCCUCCUCAACCACCUCCACCUCAGAGAAAAAAACAACAACCAAGGCACCAUCGGCAGCCGCUAGUGGCCCAAAGAGGCCCUCUACCAAUACUGCCAGCCGACUUUCAUCCUCAGCCACUACCACUACACGUGAUUUUAAACCCAAGACCCCCGCAGAAAGGCGCCCUCUCCUGCCAAAGGCCAGCACCACCACCUCAAGCCAAGCAGGCUCCUCGGCUGCUACCAAAAAUGGAACAACCACCACAACAACCAGUAAAACGACUGCAUCGACACGCACAACUUUGACAGCCCGCAGUGCGACCACCACGGCAUCCAAAAAGCCCCUGGCCUCUAAGACAGACAGCCAACCAAGUGGGGAGAAGAAGCCAAGCACUCUAAAGACUUCCACAGCCGAUUCCACCAAACCCAAGACCACCGCCACCACCACAAUGCGCAGCUCCACUUCCACUACCGCCUCUCGCACCCGAACCACAGCCCCCAAAACGACCACACCUUCCAGCACCGCUGGUGCGGUGACAGAGAAGAAGCCCCUGGUACCCCGUGUACCCAGGACCACCUCCUCUGCUACAACUAACACGACAACCAGCACCUCGAGGACCACGGCUCGUCCCGGCACCGCGCCGGCCCCCGAUAUCCACAAUGCCCGCUCAAAGAUCGGCUCUACGGACAACAUAAAGCACCAGCCAGGAGGUGGAAAGGUGUCAACCGCCUCUAAGAGCAGGGUCCCCGCCUCCAAAGAAAAAAGCCAGGUCAAAGUUCAGAUAGUCUCCAAAAAACUGGACUUCAGUCACGUCGGCGCACGCUUGGGCUCCAAGGACAAUAUGAAGCAUGUUCCUGGUGGAGGGAAUGUACAGAUUCUCAACAAAAAGGUGGAUUUGAGUAAAGUGACGUCAAAGUGUGGCUCCAAGGACAACAUCAAACACAAGCCUGGUGGUGGUAUCGUGAAGAUUGAGUCACAUAAGGUCAACUUUAGGGAAAAAUCUCAGUCCAAAGUGGGAUCUAUGGACAAUGUGAGCCAUUCACCUGGUGGAGGAAGCGUCAAAGCGGAGGGGCCCCAGGAGACAGAUGAAGGUGUUGGGACAUCGUCCCUAGCCCCUGGCCCUGAGUCUGGGCAGUUGGGGAGCCCUGCUGCCCAUGAGAAUGGGCUGAAGGAGGCAGCUCCCUGUGAUACUGAGGGUCUCCAGGAGCCCCAGGCCCUGGUUUCCCACAUCCCAGAGACAAGCAUCUAAUUCUGCUGUCCCUCUGCCUUCCUCAUCUCAUCGCCUCCCCCCCUUUCCUGUCUACCCCAUGCUCCUCCUUCAUUUUCUUUCCAACAUUUCUGCCACAGAUUGAGUCUUUCAAGCUCAACUUCCGCGAGAAAGCUCGCUCUCGCAGCGACCACGGCGCAGACAUCAUCACCGGAUCCUCCUAACAACAACAGACGCCCCCACCCACGUGGUUCCUCCUGUCACGUGCACCACAACCCAGAUCCAUACAGCGGCCGACAUGACCUCUGCUGCAUCAGCUCCCCCUUUACCCCUUCCUUGCUUCAGGGUGGAGGUUCAGGGGGACAAAGGGAUCUUGCCCACCUUUCAACCUCUAACACCUGCGUUCAGUAAAAUCAUGCCCUGUUGUCAACCCAAUCUUUCUGUUUUUAGCUGAACUGUUUCUUGGUUGACUGGACUUUGCAUCACCCUGCCCCUUUCUCUCUAAAUGUUAGUCAACAGGACAGCACCCCUCCACCCCAUUAUAUACAUAACCUACUUGUCCCCUGGUAUCAACAACCAACUCUCUCAUAUCUUUGCUUAAGUAUAGUUCAUUCACUUCUUCACAGUUUCACUCUAGCUUAGAAACAUAAGCAGGCUGACAUACACACAAGUAACAUUUAAGACUGUUUAACUCUUGAUGACAGUGUUUCAAGUGACAACCCUAAAAAGUAGCUUUUGAUGGGUCCUUUCCAUUUGCAUUGAUUACCUCUUACCCUUUUAAUUUUAACAUGCUUUAUUUAUUGUCAUUUGAUGUUUCUUGAUAGAUUAUAGCCGCAACAUUAGCUCUCAGAGAGUCCUGGAUCAACUUUUUAUAAACCAAGAGCGCCCUCACAUUUGGCAGUCUAUACCGUGCUCAAGCGAGUAUUAUUCUUAGUCUUUUGUUUUAUUAUGGUGAAACCCUAGACUGACCCGUGCCAGGAAUUGCGAAAAUCUGUCUGUAAUUGAUGCCUACACAAAAGAAGGAUUUGGAAAGGCCUAUAUACAACACAAGAUGGUGCCAAAUGAUCCCUCUUGUCUAAAUGAAGCUCCUCAACUCACUUCAAAUUGUUUUCUCUGCACCAAGAUGGCACAAUACUGUUAUUGCCUUUGCCUGAGCACAAAAACCGCAAAUAGUUGUUUUUUUCCUGCAAAUAGAAGCUAGGAUCCAGGAAAAAAAAAUUAUUUGCAAAUGCAAAAAUAUGAAAAUGCAACAGUUUACUGUAGUUGGAGUACUUUGCUGAAGCAUAGGACAUUUCCCUGCCCCUCAAAAUCAUUGGCAGAGGUGUGCUCGGGCAGGAUUACGGUAAAUUGCAGUAAAGCUGUUGCAUCACAACACGACACAAUAGAUGAGCCGAACCUGCUUCUGCUCGGUUGAGUCUAGCGGGGACAGCAGGUGACAGGAAGUGGAGGGUUAACAGUGCUUCAGCACGGUAUUGGACAACUGACCCCAUGUGAGUGCGCCCUAAGGCACAAAAUGAAGGCAGAGGUUAAAUUUAGGUGGCGUUAAGAGGAAAGUGAGCAAAGAAAUGUGGGGAAAUGGCAAGAUGCGUGUGGUUUCUGAAUAUAUUUUAAUGUAACGGUAAUUAGAGGGGUUUUAACUGAUAUUGCUAUCAAGAGGGAGAUGAGGAAGGUGGUUGCGACAAGUAUGUGCCUCCUUCAUGAGUUUUCAUUCUUGUAAACUUCAGUAAUCCCGGAAGUAACCUGAAUGUGUUGUCAAAACUGGCAGAAAUAUAGUGGCAUGUAAUUUCAUUUGAAUCCAGGACUAAAUGCAUUACGACUCUUAGUCUUGUAUUGGCUUAUUGUAAGUCGGUGACAGUACGGGGAAGUAGUUUCAGAUCAUUGUGGUUUUCACUUUUUAGUUCUAGGAUUAAAUUGAACUAAUGCAGGCAAAGAAGAGAUUUAAAUCAAGUGGCCCCAUGUCUCAACUAGAGUACUUAUUAGUGCUGAAUCUCGAGUUAUUUUUGUGUUUAUUGGUUUACUGGCUACUUUUGCUCUCCUCAAAACAAACAAGCCCUUGCAGUUUUCUUGUCACCUGUCGUGUUUAGUCUGUUUUUUUUGUCCACCUGGGGGCAGAAUAAAAGCUCUAAAAUGCACCAUUACACAUGGGUGGCAUACACCAUGUCUGGCAGGUUUAUUUACAGUAAAAAAAGGAAUGGAUAGAGACUGUCAUUUUGUCACCUUAACAGUGCAAAUGCAGUGGCUCCAUUUAGGUUGAUGGCAAUCCAACUCUGAUGUGUUUGUUUAGAAUACAUUUUUUUAUAGAAAAUAUUGGAAAUAAGUUAAAGUGUUGCUAUUGUAAAACCUAUUAACCAUGCUUAAGUAACAUUUUCUGUAUCUUAAUUGUUAUACAAGUAAAGUUAACCACUGUUAACAACAUCAGUACCUAAUGUGUACUCAAACAUGAUUUAUGUGCAACAAAUGGGAAUGUGUGUAAGUUAAAUUUCUGGUUAUAAUCACAUUUUCUUCUUUGCUAUCACAAAAAAAAUUAAAGAAAAAGCAGAAAGGUCAGCUUUUAGUUUGUCAAGAGCAUAUAGUAUGAUGGCAGUUCAAAGCCCAUGGCUUUGUGCAACUUUAGUGGCAUUAAUUUUCCCUCCAAAAAAUGUUGUUGAUUUAAAUCGAAUUUUCAAUGUAAGUCAAAAUAACCAAUUUUCACAGGAACGUUUAUUUGAGUUUAAAAGGGAAUUUUUUAAAAACAAUUAACACUGAUUUGAUCUUUUCAGUUUUACAUCCAAAGUAUACUGUAUCUUAAAUUAUGUGCCAAAGUCCAAAGGUGAAUUCAAACCAACUAAACACUCCUUAAUUUUAUAUCCAAAUCGUCACUUUAAUGCUUGGCACAAACAUUGCACCUUAACCCUCGGAUAUACAAUAGGCUAUUCUAUCAACGUGGACCCUCUCUUCCACCAAAACAUGAUCCAACAACUUUAUUUGAAGGACGUAUUUUCUUCAUGACGUGGACAAAGAACAAAUAUUAAAUCAUUCACUGCUAGCCUUCCCAGUUAACAUGGAUAUUUGACUUCUAAAGCCGUCAAUGGCAGUGAAUGUGUUAAUUUAAUAAGGAACAAAUUCACAAAUAUAAUAACAUGUCCCCUACUAUCAAGCCAUCACUUUAAAGACAGUUCCAUUCAAUUUGAACAAGUAAAAUUUGUGUGAAUUUUGCAUUAUGCCAGUUUUUGGCCAUGUUUUAGCUUUGCCUGUACCCCAGAGUUGUUGUUUUUUGUUUUUGUUUUUUGAUUUAUUUGUUUUUGCUUCAUGCUACUAUGAGACUGCACACAGAUGUAUAUAGGUAUUUUAUUGCUGAUGCUCUCUCUGAAAAGAACAACACCCACAGCAGGUUUUUUUUAAAAGACAGAAAUAGCCUUUACGUCGUCGUACCUUGAUUUCGAAACGGGAAGGAUGCUUUAUCAUAACAUUUAACGAUUUAUGUGGCGAAAAUUACUGUUAUAAAAUGUUAGCCUUUUUCAUUUGAAAGGGGCCCUUGAACUGAAAGAAUGUCUUAGACCUAUUGAACGAUUUUUUUUUUGUAUUUAUCAUUGUGUUCCUGUAGCCUCACAGCGGGUGUGCUCUUGUGGUUGAACUGGGUGAAAAUAUUCUCAAAACAAAUUUAGACAAGUCAAAAAGAAGGCAACCAGGUUAUGGUUUUGUAUAUUAACAUUAGGGAUGGGCAUGUUAGUUCGUUAGCAAUGCUCUCGCUAGCAUUGAAUCGAGGAAUCUUCUUGAUUACGACAGCAAUAUUGAAACACGCGUUCAGAGAUUCUCACAUCACAUUAAAAAUAUUCAAGUAAGAAAUUGUUUCUUUUACCCGUAUUCUAUCAAGGACGUUUAACAAAAUGCCCAUCCCUAUUUAUUCCUCUACAGGUUUCUGGGAUAACAUAUCAGAAUACUGUGUAGGGUUCCAAUUUAUAAUCGGUUAAUGGUUCAAAACGACUAACUAUACCUGUGUAUGUUUGGCUAGUGUCACGAAGGCUGCUGUGUCAUCUUACCCGAGUGCUGUGGAGCGUCAUCUCCCGCCACAGCACUCAUAGCAGACAUACAAGUGUAAACCUAAUAGCUCCUAAAUAGCUGUUGUAAACCUGCAGAGCAUGCUGACAAAACAAUAGGAUGUGUUCAGUAGACGUAAUUCAUGUCAUUGGCAGAACCUCCUUGUUUUUGUGUCGAUUAUUUUUUCCCUCCCUUUGUUCAUUUGAUUUUUUUUUUUUUUUUUUUUUUUUUUUGGGUUUGGAAAAUAAAGUGUUUAUUGUGACUACCUGUUAAUUAGUGAUGUGACAAUUAAACAAAUGAAAAUGGAUUAAAACUCUUUGAGUCCAGAUA